UUCCAGAACUGUAACGAGAUUAUUAAACGCACAAACGAUUGGUAGUAGGAAAUUAUGGAGAUGAUUCUGUUCAUAUAUUAUCCACUUGGCGACAGUGUGUUGUAAUUUCCUCGUAAUUUUAUGAACUAAUUGAUCACUUUUUAAGGAUGGACGAUUGUGCUACAAAAAAAUAUUCUGACAAAUAUAAAACAUAAACCAAAAGGAACCAAAUAAACCAAAAAAAUUUAUUAACUAAUUGAUUAGUAGACUUUUUAAAUAUGGAUGAAUAUUGUGCCCCACAAUGGACAGACUUUACGUGCAGUCCGCAAUUGCCAUCCGAUAGUUUUUUUGAUGUACAUAUUGAAUAUGAAGCACAUAAACCUUUGAUGCAAUUAAAGUCUAACUUGAAAUCCAAUUUAUCUGUAUUUCACAAGAAUAAUAGUAUAGAUAAAUCAACAAAUACAAAAACACAUUUCGAUGAUAGCUUAGAACUUGUACAAAAUGCUAAAGAUAACAUAACAUAUUCCAUACCACAUAAUAAUAAAAAGCAUUCUGUGAAGACAAAGACUGAGAAUAGUUUAAGCAAAGUUAAAGACAAAACUAAAAUGUAUAAAGACAAACAAUCACAGCCUGAAGUACUCAUGUGCCAAUAUCGCAAGCAACGUGUAGUAAAGACUCAUCCAAUUUCUCCACCAUUGAGAAGUGUGCAGAGAGUAGGACGUACUAAUAAUUUAGGUAAAGAGGAACGUGAAGCCUUACAACUUGAAGACAUGAGGAAACAUAAAAUAAAAGCAAAUCCUGUACCACUUAACAUACUCAAAGCUCCAUCCACUUUAAAGAAAAUAGCAAAAAAACCACUUAUCAUUCCAGAAAAAUCUUGUUCAGAAAUAAAUACAACACAACAUUCUAUAAACAAUAACGUAAAAUGUGCGGAGAAAAAAUUGGAAAAACUAAAGAAUUUACAGAUUCAAGAUAGCAAUAAAAUAAAAGUCGAAUUUCAUGCAAGACCCGUACCAAAAUUUUUAAAAUUGACAAAACCGAUUGAAAAACAAUCAAGAACAAUUGAAGAACAAACUGUGAAGAAACGAACAGUAGUUUCGCAUCCGUUUAGUUUUGCAGAAAGGGACGAACGUCUUGCUCAAAAGAAAAAAGAAUUUGUUAAGCAAAUGCAAGAAAAUGAUAAAACGAUAAAAGUAUUUCGUGCCAAUCCUGUACCAAAUUUUAAGAAAGUCAAAAUACCAAAUGUAAAGAAUACUGUUAAAUCAGUUACAACCAAACAAAUAAAAAGUUGCAACAAUCAGGAGAAUAAACAGCCAAAUAUUCGCGUUCCUCUAAUUGAUACAAAAAGGAAACCGGCAAUGCAGAAUAUUGUAAAGAAUAUUAAAAAGAAGGAACACGCUUCUUAA